AUGGAACCUGCCACGGAGCUCUGCAAUGGACCCACAGAAACAAGUACAAUCACCAUCGUAAUCACGACUAUAGUGUCGACUGUAACGUUCUUGAUCUUUCUCAAAUGGUCUCUAGAACCCCGGCGACCUCAAAUACUCCCAGGCCCCCUAACUACCACCAUACCGAGGCUCACAAAGGAGGAACUUGCACAAGUUCCGUACCAACCUGAUCACUUUCCCGGCGCUAGAGAUGUCGUGACUCCGUAUGGCAAUAUUCGCGUGUACGAGUUUGGACCCGAAACAGGCCGCAAGGUGCUUUUCCUUCAUGGCAUCAGCACUUCAUGUAUGACUCUGAAUGAUAUUGCCUUGGAUCUGGCAUCGAAAGGAUGCAGAGUGAUGCUUUAUGAUUUAUUUGGGCGCGGCUACAGCGAUGGCGUGGGCGACCUGCCGUCGGACACGCGCCUCUUUGUGACGCAGAUCCUGCUGGUGCUGGCCUCGUCGCCGCUGCCCUGGACCGGCGACGGCGCCCUCAACCUGGUCGGCUACUCGCUGGGCGGCGGCAUCGCCGUCAACUUUGCCGCCGCGUUUCCGCGCCUCGUGGCCUCGCUCGUGCUGCUGGCGCCCGCGGGCCUGAUCCGCGCCGCCAACAUCGGCCGCGCCAGCCGCCUCGUCUUCACGUCGGGCCUCGUGCCCGAGCGGCUCCUCGAAGGUCUCACGCGCCGCCGUCUCCGGGCCCCCAUUGGCAACGCCGUGGCCAAGCGCCGUCGGGCAAGCAGUGUCUCUUCCGUCACCAACGGCGGCGCCGUUGCCGCAGCCGCAGCAGCCACCACCUUGGAACUGCCAGGAGCAUCCAUGGACAAGGAGGGCUAUGUCGAUGUGGCCGUGCAAGAGGUUGUCGAUGAUGACACGCCAAACUCGCCAAGUCCUAUCGAGGCGAAGAUUGCGUCCUAUGUCCGCUGGAUGCUCGACUACCACACCGGAUUUGUGCCGUCAUUCAUGUCGACGAUCCGCCAUGGUCCGUUACUUGAGCAGCAUCAUUACUGGAGGGAACUAGCCAAGCGAGAGCCCGGCACCACGGCCGUGAUUCUGGGUCGGCAGGAUGAGCUGAUCCAAAAGGCCGACUACAAGGAGGACGCGCUGCCGCUCAUGGGCGGCGAGGGAAAUGUGUUUUGGCGCGUUGUUUCUGGUGGUCACAAUAUGCCGUUUACCAACUCGAGCGAGGUCAUUGAGGCCAUUCACGAGUUUUGGGGGAUCAAGGAAUGA